GGAACUCAACGAGUAAUGGUGCCUGAUGAUUUGUCUGUGGAGGAACAAGAUGAGCUCUUAAAUAUUCGUCGCCGAAAAAAGGAACUGAUUGAUGACAUUGAGAGACUGAAAUUUGAAAUUGCUGAAGUCAUGACUGAAAUAGAAAAUCUAACGUGUGUAGAAGAGAGCAAAACCUCACAAAGAAAUAAGCAAAUUGCAAUGGGGAGAAAAAAGUUCAACAUGGAUCCUAAAAAGGGCAUCCAGUUUCUCAUAGAAAAUGACCUCCUUCAGAACACAGCAGAAGACAUUGCCCAGUUUCUUUAUAAAGGCGAGGGACUUAAUAAAACUGUAAUAGGUGACUAUUUGGGUGAAAGAGAUGACUUCAACAUUAAAGUUCUUCAGGCUUUUGUUGAACUUCACGAGUUUGCAGAUCUUAAUCUGGUCCAAGCAUUAAGACAGUUUCUGUGGAGCUUCAGGUUGCCAGGAGAAGCGCAAAAAAUCGAUCGAAUGAUGGAAGCUUUUGCUUCACGUUACUGUCAAUGUAAUCCGGAUGUCUUCCAGUCCACAGAUACAUGCUACGUGUUGUCUUUUGCAAUUAUUAUGUUGAAUACCAGUUUGCACAAUCCAAACGUAAGGGAUAAACCUACAGCGGAGAGGUUUAUAUCUAUGAAUCGUGGUAUCAAUGAAGGCGGAGACCUCCCAGAAGAGUUGCUCAGGAACUUGUAUGAAAGUAUUAAAAACGAGCCAUUUAAAAUUCCAGAAGAUGAUGGAAAUGACUUGACGCACACGUUUUUUAAUCCAGAUCGAGAAGGUUGGCUGUUGAAAUUAGGUGGACGAGUAAAAACGUGGAAACGAAGGUGGUUCAUUCUCACAGACAAUUGCCUUUACUACUUUGAAUAUACUACCGAUAAAGAACCUAGGGGUAUAAUUCCUUUGGAAAAUCUCAGCAUACGAGAAGUUGAAGACCAGCGCAAACCUAAUUGCUUUGAGCUUUACAACCCUAACCAUAAAGGGCAAGUUAUCAAAGCCUGUAAAACUGAAGCUGAUGGCAGAGUAGUGGAAGGAAACCAUGUUGUAUAUAGAAUAUCUGCCCCUACGCCUGAAGAAAAGGAAGAGUGGAUUAAGUCCAUCAAAGCUAGCAUCAGCAGGGAUCCAUUUUAUGACAUGCUGGCCACCAGGAAAAGGAGAAUUGCAAAUAAAAAGUAAACAAGUGCACCACACAAAGCAGCUUAAGUUAUUCCAUUGUUGUAGAGCACCCAGCAAGACUGUAAAUGCUGAACUACAUGAAAAGAUGACAGAAUGUGGCAUUGAAGAGGCAGUACUACAGUGGUUUGGUUACAUGUAAUCGUUCCAGCCAGGAAAUAAUGAGAAAGUAGAAAAUUCUUAACUCUGCGAUAGUAAAAUGUACACCCUUGCUUGUAACUGUGUCCUUUGAAGAGAAGUAUUUUCGAUGACUGUAUAAUUGGGUGCAUUGGUGGAUAAUGUUUGAGAAUGGAUCACUUUGACAUUUUAAAUUUUUAUAAGAAAGCGUUAUUCAUUUACAGUUACAAACUCUUCCAAAGAUUUGGUUAGUAGACGGUGCCGUGUGCUGUGGAUUGACAGUUGAUUUCCUAGUUGGUGUUGGUAUGUGCUUUCGAAAUGUUUUUAAUGAAGUAUGUCUUAACCUGGAGGAAAAGCAAGGUAACACUGAAGUAUAGCAUCUGCCAGCCAAAUUUGGAGGGUGGCAGAAAGGCAGGCAUGGCCAGUAACAGAAGAAGAAGAAAGAUGAUUAAAAAUUUAAACUUGGCAGUGGAUUGGAAUCACAGUUGACUCUGUCCAGUCAGUAUAAAGGACUUGGGGACAGGAAAAGAUGUAAAACAAAUGUUUAUGUAACUUUUAAAUGUGUAACAAUGUAUUAAGAAUUCCUGUUUCAAGCAAAUCAAACUAAUAUUAAUGAGGCAGCUAUAAUGGUUUAUUGUUUUUAAAUGGAAAGGGCUUUUUUUCAGUUUCUUCCAGAGGAACCAUCUUCCUCAUGUAUUUAGUUUAAGUAAAUGUAUGCUGUUUAAAUAGCAAUACAGUUUACUUAGAACAACAAAGGAUGAAUAUUUGUUUCAGCUCUAGAAAGAAACUGUUCUUAUUCAUGAAAACAGUCUGAUGUCUCUUAAGUAAAACCCGUAUAAACAUCAGUUCAGUGAUUACAGGCUGUCCCUCUCUUUGUGACUUGAAGACGUAAGUGUGAAGGACUAGGUUUAUAUUUACAAUACCAGUAUAUAUGCAGUGAUUUUCUACAAACAUACAUUUCAACAUUUUCAUAAUACUUCUGUAUUGACACCCCAGUGGUUACACAGUAUUACUGCAUUUAGGAGGAACCAUGUAGCAUCCUUCUAAAUGUAAAGGUCGGAUUUGAGUCUGACAUAAAAAUAGGCAAACCGCCUAGAGUCAGCUGGUCUGAAUCAUGGGUGCAUAAUGUAGAAUAAUUCUCGACACAAGUUUCUUUUUAUGGUUAAGAAAAAAAAGCAGUAAUUGGCCAAAUGUUCAGACCAAUAUUGUUGUAAAAUGGUACACACGUUUCUUAUCAAAUACCUUUGUUAGGAAUAUGUCAUAUAUAUAGUGUUACAUAUCUUAUUUAUUACAUGUAACAGUCUCCAAGAUUAAGGAGUUGCUUAUUGCCAAAACAUUGGUCUCAAGUAGACCACAAGCUAUGAUAAAAUAUUCCUUUUUUGACAUUAUUGUAUUUAUUUUCUUAAAGCAGAAAUACUAAUUGAUAAAUAUACAAAAUUUAUGUAAAUUAUGUACAGUUUUAUGUUACCAUUUUGUUUUUGCUUACACUUUGAACAUUAAUUUGUUGCAGAUUUGUGUUUUUGUGAGACUGAACAUUUGGCAUACCUCUAAUUGGCGCACUACAGAGUAUGUGCAGCACUUAACUUCCAUUUUUGUACGCAUUAAGUUGUUUACUGACUAUGUAUAGUUUUACUUCAGUAUCUGUUUUCAGUCAGUGCCUCUGAAGAGUAAGGUAGUGCUUUCAUGAUGAAUGUCAGAGAAGAGUAUCUCACCUAAUCAGCAGACAUGAAAAAUAUGGUUAUUCAGAAAGUUUCAAGAUUCAUAGUAUGCACAAAAUGCACACAUUGUUUAAGUAUCAUAUCAUGUACAACAUGAGCAUUACUUCUGCAUGUUACAAAAGAAAAUAAAUUCCAGUGGUAGGACUGGAAAAAAUGA